GAGUGACUUUAGGGUCAUUAUACGCUGCWGGACUCACUGUCGUGGACAAGGUGCAUAAUUUAUCAUUGCUAUUUACUAUACACUAGUUGUAAAUAUAAACAAAAUUGAAAAUUUACGAGUUCCUAGUACGACAAAAAAUUAUGUUCUUAGGUGCUCUGUGCACAGACUUCAAUCGAAUAAUGAUUGAAAAUAAAGGGUGAUGUGCAAAACAUUGGGUUGUCAUUAUGGACACCGAGUCUAUAAGGUCUAUGAGUGAGUACAGUUCCAAAUACAAGAGUCACUCAUUAAAAUCUGGAACUWAUCAUAGAUCUAACAGUUAUAAAAACAAUACCCGAACUGCUCGCAAAUAUUCUGAUAGCUUAAAUAACCCAUACGAAACAUCUAUGGCUCCAUACCAAACUACUGUGAUGUUAGAUGAUACAAGAGAUGGACAAGAUGUCGUUGAAGUGCAAAUAUUACCUCAAGAUGAAAAUUGGGGUGAAAACACUACAGCGAUUACUGGUAACACUUCAGUGCAAUCUGGAUCGAUGGAAGAAAUGGGAGCUCUUUGGCCAGAUACUGAGCAAAAAAGUGCUUUUCCAAUAUUGUGCCAUCGUUAUAUAGCAACUACAUUGACUGGGCUUUUGUCUCUAGUCGCUUUUCUUAGCCCAUUAGCUAUGCUAGUUUUACCAAAAUUAGGGGUUUUUAGUCCUGCAGCUACAAAUCUUAGCCCUCAACAAAGAGAAACUUUAUUAAAUUGUGGCGCAGAAUGUAAAGGUGUGUUAGUUUCACUGGCAUUCAAAAUGUUUUUGUUAGCAGUGGCGUCAUGGGCAAUAUUCCUACGUCCUGUGAAAGCAACUAUGCCUCGUAUUCAUGUUUUUAGAGCAAUUGUCUUAGCAUUGGUGUCAAUUUGCUGUGGAAUUUUUUGGCUUUUCUAUGUUGUUCAAGUCACGGAGGGAGUACGAGCCACAGCUACUGGUGAAGAUUUGCUCGAGUAUCGUGCUUUAGUAUCUUAUUCUUCGUCUCUAUGUGAUUGUCUACUUUGUAUCCAUUAUGUUGCCAUAGUAUUAAUGGAAAUAAGACAUCUUCAGCCAGUUUUUUACAUCAAGGUUGUUAGAAGUCCUGAUGGUGAAAGCCGAUCAUAUCCUAUUGGYCAGUUAAGCAUUCAGCGAGCUGCUGUUUGGGUUCUGGAACGAUAUUAUACUGAAUUUUCCAUAUACAAUCCAUACUUAGAGCGUUUACCAGUCUCUAAGUCUAAAAAAAAUGCUUCCAGCUUUAAAUUUUAUGAUAUUGAGGGCAUUGGAAGCAACACACUCCAAAUGAGUCAAUCAAGGGGUACAAUGAAUGGUCAUGCUAGACGCCGUGACUCAAGUCAUAAUGAACGGUUUUAUGAAGAACAUGACUAUGAGCGACGAGUUAAAAAGCGAAGAGCUAGGCUCUUAACAGCUGCUGAAGAAGCAUUCACUCAUGUUAAACGAUCACAUCAUGAUCCUGGAGGUGGCUCUGCCAUGGAUCCAUAUGAAGCGGCUCAAGCUGUUUUUCCAACUAUUGCACGAUCUCUUCAAAAGUAUUUAAGAGUAACCAGGCAACAGCCGAGGCAUACUGUAGAGUCCAUUUUGUCUCACCUUGCUUUAUGUUUAACUCAUGAUGCUUCACCAAAAUCAUUUUUGGAACCUUACUUGAGUGCAUCUCCUGUGUUACAAAAUGAAAAAGAACAAAAAUCACUUCAAUCCUGGUCAUUAAUUUGUAAUGAAUUACUGACUCGAGCACUCAAAGAUGGAACCGUAUUUCAACUACGCCAAAAUGAUAUUUCACUUUUGUGUACAGUACAUAAGCUUCCUCAUUUCAGUAUUACUGAAGAAGUUAUCAAUCCAAAGUCAAAUAGAUUUGUUUUAAAGUUGAACUCUGAAACUUCUGUCUAAAAGUAUUAUUAUUUUCAACAUGUAACUAUUAGUGACUUGACAGACCAAAAUUUAAUGUAUUUUCUAGUCUUCAAAUUUAAUUGAGUAUUAACUACUUAAUAUUUUUCAGUAUUCAAGGUAUGUCUCAAAAAUAAGAGUACUAUUUUUUUUUAUGAAUGUAGAACAUGUUUAUAUAAAAUAAUAAGUUAUUUCUUUCAAAUUAUGACCUUUUGAGUUCAUUUCUAAGAAUUUUGUUUUUAGCCAAGAACUCAUAAACCAAGAUUGGUAAGCAAAUGAGUACAUUUUUAAGUUAGUAAUACCUAAUCAUCUACAAUAUUCCUUUAAAAUCGUAAGACUGAUCGAAGUAAAAAUUAUCAAUUAAAUAUUUCACUAUUUCCAACAAAGAAGAUGCUCAUCGCUUUCUCAUCAUACUUGCUUUCUACAGAAUAUGCUCUCUUAGACAAUGUUUAUCUUAUCAAUAUUUUAUGCAAUUGAAUUGAAGCAAUUCAAUUUUCAAAUUUUUAAUUUUUAAUUUGUUUACUUUUACACAUUUUAUUGUCAUUUUGUAGUUCAACAUUUCUGCACCGAUCAUGACAUGAUACUUGUAUUAAUUUUUAUAGAUUAAUAAUGUUUUAACUAUUUGCUAAAAUAUUAUUUUAUGGUUUACAUUGUCAAGAUGCAUACACUAAAAUUAGUAUGGGACAUACCUCAUGUAAUUAUAGUAUUGAUGAGUUUUUUUAGAACACAUCAUAUUAUUUGCUAAUUUUUGACAACUGAUAUCAAUUAAAUAAUUAAAAUAUUAGUUGUCCAUCCUAUAUAUAUUUAUUAUAUAUAAUUUUAUAUCAUACUUUUGUAAAAUAAUAGAUUGAUCUGCACUUUUCUCCUUGAUCUUAAUAAAUUAAUAAUAAUGACA